UGGCGAACGGGCAUAAAAUGUAUAUCAGCUAACAUGAAUCAAUUUGUUCGUCAGUACGUUUUCACGCUUCGCAAACAGCGUGCGGUUGAUAUUCGCUGUAAGGAAGCGCAUUCAUCAAACGCAAGUGCAUUUCAGUAGUACGAGUAUGACUAGUAUCAGGCUUAAACAAAUAUUUGUAUUAAAGUGUGAUUUGCUAAAGUUGUAAUCUUAUACAAAUAGAGGUAUUCUCGUUCGACCAUUUUGAGUUCGGAAUAAAUAUUGAAAGGUAUCCUCCUGUGAACUCUCGAAACACCCAAUACUGAACAUACUACAUGCAAGCGUCUGACCAGCAUCGCACAUAAUACGAAACGGCACCAUCGAACAAGUGGGAAGCGGCAACAAACACGAAGUGCCGCAAGUGCUGUACAACUCCAAAGGAAGACAAAGAGGAGACCGCUCGAGUGGGUACCCGGCGACCACCGCCUGUGCGAGCGUGCCUCUUGAGAUCUUCGUGUCGUCUCGCUCGUGCGUCCGUGGGCGCAUACGGGCCGCCGCUGGCCCAGACAGCGCGGGACCAAACUUAGUGCCCUUCCAGACAGCGUGGUACCUGACCGGCUUCUCUUCUCGCCAACGCCGGCACUCCCCGGACCUCACGGCUUUCGCCACCACUCGCACGUUACGACUGCUGCUUUUACGUCCCUGUGUGCUUCUUCUUCUUCUUCGAGUGCCACACCAUUCAAACAUCGAGUGCCGCCAACGCGAGCGCACGUUUUCAAGGAGUUGGCGAGAUCUGUGCGCGAACAAGUGUGUUUGACAAACUUCGAAUCGCAUGCAAAUUCAGUGGUUGGAGUUGAAAGCAAACGUGCGAGAAAUGAAGAGAGCGCUAAGUUAUUAAACAUUGCCCGCGGUUGUUAUGGACUUCUUGGUGACGAUUGCACACUAAUCCUCGUUCACUCUCGAAUUGUAUUUGUGUUUGAUAUAUUUUAUUUCCGGGAAAGGGAGCGGCAAGAUGUGGGGAAAUUGUGGGAUUUUCGUUGUGCUUCUUGCCGCACUGGACGUUGUCAUUGCAUUGGGCCCAUGUGAACCAAAAUCGUGUAAACUAGGUCUGGAAGCAAGGAAAGCAGUGUGUGGAUCAGAUGGUCUCUCAUAUCCUAACAGAUGCCAUUUAGAAAUGGCACGCUGUCGCAACGAGAAUAUUACAUUCGUCGACCGCGGUCCCUGCAAACGGCCGAAAACCUGCUCGGAAUACGCCAACGCGUAUCCGACGUACAAAUUCAAACCGGCAUGCAAACCGGAUGGCAGCUUCGCCCAGUUCCAAUGCUCACCCGAAGUGGGCUAUUGCUGGUGUGCAAUGCCAAACGGCCGGCCCGUGCCGGCGACCAUCAAACGCCAUAAACCCGGCAUCAGAGAUCGCUGCGGUCGCAUUGGCAAGAAAACCACGCGUAGUUCGCCGAAAAAUCAGCGCCGCGGACGUAAUUGCAGUUGGGAAGACAAGGCCCUCUUCAAUCGCAACCUCUUACAUAUCUUCAAGAGUGAUUGGCUUCGUGACCAUCCUGCAGCCCGCGGUAUCGCUACCAAUGACUCAGUCGUGCUAGAAUGGAAGUUCCAUAAGAUGGACAUCGACCACAACGAGAAUCUGGACAAGAACGAAUAUAAGGAUCUCAAACGGCUCGUGAAGCAGGUCGUCAAGCCGAAGCGAUGUGCCAAGAGCUUCGCGAAGGCGUGCGACAUGAAUCGGGAUCAAGUCAUUGGAAAGACGGAGUGGGCGCAGUGCUUGACGCGCGACGGGAUGGACGACGUUGGAGGGCAAAGCGGCACGGACGACUCACAGGAUCCGGAGGAAGAAGAAGACGCCGAGGUGGACGUGGGAGACGUGCUCGAUCUGCCAUUGCCGCCGGUGCGCACCGUUCGUCCUGAUAUCCUCGUUGACAACACACCGUACAAUACGCCAUCCGAUAUGGAAGACACGCAUGACCACAGCAAGGACGACGAUGUCACGGACUGCAAGGCGGAUCGAAAGCUCGCCUUGGACGAAGGCUCUCAACUUGAUUAUGUUCCUGAGUGUACGUUGGACGGAAGAUAUGCUAAGGUGCAGUGUUAUAAGUCGGCUGGAUACUGUUGGUGUGUAAAUGAAGAUACGGGCAAAAAUAUUCCGGGCACUUCUCUCAAGGAUAAAAUGCCUACUUGUGAUUCCACGACUGUCACUCGACCAAUGAAAGGUUGUCCAGAAGAUAAGAAGGUGGCGUUCUUAGCAGAUUUGAUGAAUUAUUUACAUACAAAUAUGCUGCGUGAAACAAGUGGUACCUCAACAAUACCUGGAUCUAAGGAGGAACGCAUAGCUGCGUGGAGUUUCAUAUUCUACGAUAAAAACAAAAACAAGUUUCUAGAUAAGGCGGAAUGGAAAGCUUUCAAGGACGCAAUGUCCUUGGUAAAAAAUCUAAAACGUUGUGGUAAAAAAUUGCCGCGAUACUGUGAUAUAAAUAAGGAUCGAUCUAUUAGUCUGACCGAGUGGCAGAAUUGUCUAAACGCUAAUCAACAUCAAGUUACUUCCACAUCAAGACCAAAUCCGUUGUCUAUACUUAUAGAAUAGAAUAGCAUUCAACUAAGGAUUUUCUCUACAAAGCCAAAAGAAGAUUCAAGCAAUGAAGCACGCAAUUUAAUAGAACUUCAUUUGGCAAAUUUAACGUUUAUAUGCGUAAGCCUAUAAUUAAUUGCUCGGAAUAAUUUCGAAUGUGAUCUUAGGGUAGUUGAACGAAUUCUGGAUACAAACGCGUGGUGCUAUCACGCAAGAUCGUCGUAGCGUUGAUAUUUUUACUUUAGUAAAUACUCUAUUGGUUAAUGUUGAUUAAUGAUUGAUGUAUACUUCCAUUUAAUUAUAUAAAAUAAAAAGCUCGCAAAAUUAGAAACCACA